AUGGUAUCUUUACCCCACGCUAGCAGUUCCCUCGAGUACUAUUUUGAGGAUUUGGGAAAAGACGAAAUUAGCCUCGGAAGAAAGUCCCACAGAGACGGUACCACUGGCCUGGACUUGGCCGUUGACUACAGCUUGCUCAGCAGGAGGCACAUCUACUUCAAGAAAGGAGACAGUCAUUUGAGCAUUCGCGAUGGCGGCAGUUUCCACGGGUCUGCCAUCAUCACCGAUCCUGUAAUCAUAUACAACGCACACCUGGCAAAGUAUUUGAAUCAGGUACCUAAGACAAUCCUCACGGAGACUCCGACAGUUGUGACGCGCAAGAACUUUAUUCUCUGCCUUGUUAAACUGGCAUCCUCGCAUAAGAUUGACACUAAGGCAGAGUCACCGGAGAUUAUUGAGGGCAUCUUUCCCAAAGCAACACCGAUUCCAACGUACAGAUUGUACUAUAUGGGGAAAUACACUAAUGGCAAUUUGGCAUUGACCCAAAUUGAAAAAGAUUCCCUGGACAAGAAGGAAAGGAGGGUAAGUUUCCAGAUAAACACCCUCAUAGACGAAGCCGAAGACAGAAACGACUUGGAGGAGACGCAGAGCAUGGAUGAAGACUUGCUCUUGUCGGGUUCAGAUGUUUCCAAAUCAGGCUUUCUGGAAGAUGAAUCUGAUGCCAACUAUAAGUUUGAUAUUGCCUCCAACUCGAGCAUCGAAUCUGACAGGGAGGAAAUCGAGAGGUUGGAUGCCGAAGAGCCGGUUUUGAAGCAACUAGUUUGCGAUGGACUCGCUCCAGACACGAAUUCAGAGGCUUGGUGUGAGAACCUUGCUGGUGAAACCGAGAAAUUGGAUGCAAAGGAGUCGGUUUUGACGCAACUAGUUUGUGAUGGACUCAUUCCAGGCACGAAUUCAGAAGCUCAGUGUGAGAGCCUCGCGGGUGAAACCUCGAGCGAUUGGGAAGCUUUGGAAGAUGAGAAAACCACAUCAAACAAGCGCAAGCUGGAUGAUUCCAACGAUGAUGUCUCCCAUUGUAAGAAGCGCCGCAGUCUACCAACUGUUGUGGAAGCUUUGAAGAAGGUUUUUACUCUAAACAAGAGGGAUGUGGCGUUUUUAGUGGCAGGCUCCGCCUUUACAUUUACCGCGUUAUCCCAUGCCCCCGAAAUAUAG